AUGAGCCCCCUUCAAGCUGUCAAUAGCUUGCCAAGAAGGGUGGGUGCCACCCUGGAUCUUCUUGGGACGCGUUUGAGACAGUCAAACCAUGUUUUUAGGCGAGGAAAGUCCAAAAACUUGUCAACCAUCAUCAUGGCCAUAGUUGGUCUUGUCGCUUUGAUAGCGGUAAUCCACACGUUUCACGGCCAAGACGUGUCUACAGACAUGCUGCUGUAUGAUGACGAGAAUAAGGAAGAUGGAAAUCCAGCCGGUAAGAUUCAGGAUUCCGACGAAGAAACAGAUUCGACGUUCACUGACUAUGAUAACAUCAACUCAAGCAUGAAUCUAAAACAGUAUGGAAUCGUCAGCAAAGCGAUCGAUGAAACCAUGAAAAGAAUCAUGAAGUUCUCUCCCGAAGGUAAACUUGACGUUACACCGAAAAAAGAAUGCGACCUUACAGAUAUAUCAAUCACAGACACCGCACAAUUCCACAAGCUGACAGAGGAAUCCCUCAGCAACUGCGUUCAAAUCUCAGAUGAGACUUUGGGUAAGCUACGCAAUAACUUCGAAAGCUUCAGAAAAUCUAUCGCAGACGACUUGCUGCCGUUGUUCGAAGAUGAUAAUGAAUCAGCUUUCCACGGCGAGGGUAUUGUCAUCGUAGGAGGCGGGAAAUAUACGCUAUUUGCUCUUCCUGCGAUCAAAGCGAUCCGUCAAAAUAGUGGGAUCAAGAUGAAAGAUUCCGUUCCAAUCGAAAUCAUCAUUCCUCCGCAGGACAACGCAGACAGAGGAUUCUGCGACAACGUGUUGCCAGCACUCGACCCUACAGGGCUCACCAGAUGCAUCUUUUUGGAUGAGGUUAUGAACAAAGAGUCAUUGCAGCAUCUGAAGGGCUACCAGAUCAAGUCAUUAGCGCUGCUGGUGUCAAGUUUCGAACGGGUUUUGAUGCUGGAUUCGGACAACUACGUGAUCAACUCGCUGGAGGGCUACUUCACGAACAACAAGUUUGGUGAGAAGGGCCUAAUCCUGUGGCCUGACUACUGGCGCCGUUUGCACCACCCUAAACUCUACGACCUUUUGAACUUGCAGCUUAACCGGGACCACAGAGAUCGGAACUCUAUUGACGACGGGUCACCUUCAUACAUGUUCAAGGGAGACUCUAAAACCUCACCGUUCCAUGACCUAGCUAACACAAUUCCAGAUGGCGGCACGGAAUCGGGCCAAUUGCUGGUAAACAAGAAAAAACACUUGGAUACGUUACUUUUGAGUCUGUAUUUCAAUUUCAACGGGCCGGCUUACUACUAUCCGCUGUUAGGUCAAGGAUUUGCAGGCGAGGGAGACAAGGAUACAUUUUUGUUGGCCAGCAGAGUAUUGCACGGACCCAACUCGUGGCACCAGGUGAAAACGCCAGUAUCUGCUAUUGGCCACUGGACGGACACCAAGGACGAGAUUCGUAUCGCCGACGAAGAUCUCGAAAAGGCCGGCGACGCCAAGUCUUUCAGAGGUACUGCGAUGCUCCAGCACGAUUAUAUCGAGGACGUUCGGUGCCAUUCCGUUGCUGUCGAGUAUUUGAGAAACACCUAUCGCAACAAAGAAGAAAAAUUCUGCGACGAAUGGUACAAGUCCCACCAGAAAGAUUUCAGCAACAAGGCUGAUGAGCGCUACAAGCAGUGUCGUGAUAGUACCGAGGUGCGCGACGCGCUCUACGAGAAGCUUCGAGACUCGUACAAUCUAGAAGAUUUCGUUGCCUUUUUCAAGUUCACCAAAGUUUCCUUUGUCCACUCCCAUUUGCCCAAAUAUGACCCAUGGGAGUGGUAUCAGUCUGGCGAUAUGAUGUAUGACGGUGCCAAGGCCUACAAGAACCAUCAACAUGACUCCGAGUACAAACCGGCCGGCUCUGGACACUACCGCAUGUACGGAUCCAAGCUUUCCGAACUUACUGGCUAUGACCUUGAGUUGGCCAAUUGGGAUGUGUUCAAGACCUACCUGUGCGAAAUGAAAGAUGGCUACAAAAGCUUUGGAUACCUGUCAUCCCAGGUCGCUGCUAGCAAGUCCCCAGCUAAAGAACUUCGCAAUAUGUGCACCUACAUCAACGAUCGAGUCGCCUAUUUGAAGAGCACUACCUGGGAUGAUGUUGAUGUGUGA